AUGGAUGCUGCUCUAUGGCCGCAGACGAAUUUGGACACGGGGCAUCUAGUGAACGUCUGGUUCUUGAUCCUCCUUCUUCCCCUUUCCUGGUUCUUCUUAUUCCUGUGAGGCUCGAACGGUGGAGGUGGGGGUUGGGGUUACCUUUCCUCCCCCUCCCUCCUUCCCACCUUUCCUCAAGUCUUCCUUUCUUUCCUCCGUGUUGGGUUUUCGAACUUCCUCUCUCUCUCUCUCUCUCCCUCUCUCUCUAGCAUCGAAGGCUUUAUCUUCUUGCUGCCCGUUCAGCAAAGCAGGAGCAGUAGGGUUAGGGGAAGGGAAAAGCGGGGCUUGUUCUUAGUGAUGCUGCGCAAAAGCGAAAAUUUUCUCCUUUCUUGCACCUGUUUGUCCUCUUUUAUUCCUUCCUCCUCUCCUUUCGCUUUUCGUUGCCGGCUCGAUGAAUCCCAUAAAAAAGAAUACCCUUUUCGCUUUUGUUCUGGUCUGUUUGUUCAACAAGUAAACCUUAUAAUCUCCCCUUCUCCCUUCUGAUCGUUCUCUCCAUCUCUCUCUCUCUCUCUCUCUCUCUUCCCCCCCUCUCUCUCUCUCUCUCUCUCUAGACAUUCUUCUCCUUGUGCAACAUGGGCUGGUUGUGUCUCACAGGAGAUGGGAAUGAUGGCAGUCUCCUCGGAGGAGACGGUGUCCCCCUUCUCUCCUUUCAUCGCCUCUCUCGCUCUCUCUCUCUCUCUCUCUCUCUCUCUCUCUAUCUAUCAUUUCACCGCCUAGAGUGACAUGGGUGGAUGUGUUGUACAGGAGAUGGGAUUGGUGGUGAUGAACCCUUCCAUGGAGGAGAUGGCAUCAUCGACUCGGCCACAGCUGACGGAGAGAAGACCGAGGCCACACAAGGAGCAGCAAUUGAGCUGCCCGCGGUGUCAGUCAACCAACACCAAGUUCUGCUAUUACAACAACUACAGCCUCUCCCAGCCGAGGUACUUCUGCAAGACCUGCCGUAGGUACUGGACGGAGGGCGGUUCCCUCAGGAACGUCCCCGUCGGUGGCGGAUCCAGGAAGAACAAGAGGCACUCCACCGCCGCCCCCAAGAUCACCGCCGCUAACCCCUCAUCGUCAUCGCCAUCUUAUGCUUCUUCCUCGUCGAGAAGGGUCGCCGCCGAUCUUCUCCCUCCGCCGCCGACGAGCUCGUCCUUCCGGAACCCUAGAUUUCAUGACGAGAAAGGCCAGCAACUCGCCUUCACCCCCAUGGAGCUCUUGCCGGCGCAAGGGCUGAGCCCCUUCAUGCCGGUAGGUGGUGCGGAUUACACGCCGGUGUUCGGGCUGCAGGAUUUCAGAUCGGCGGCGGAGGUCAGUUACCCUCUGGACGCCAUCGGUGGAGGCGGAGUCUACGGCAGCAUGCAGGCGGAGGUGCAGGAGAGUACCCGCAGGGGGUUCUUCCCCUUUGAGGACUUGAGGCUGGUUUCGCCGACUACGACGAGCUUCGAGCAGAAUAGGGGACAAGGAGGAGGAGGAGAGGCUUCUGGGCUCUGGAAUGGGCUGAUGGGUGGCUUUGGAGGAUCAUGGUAG